AUGAAUCAAACAAAUAAUCAUGCACUUUUAUUACAUCAUACAAAUUUAACAGAUGAAAAGCAUGAAGUUCUCAUUGAAGUGGAAUUACUGAAGUCUGAAAUAGAUAGACUGAAAACAGAACACCAAGAACAAUCCUAUUCUCUGUUAAAUCGUAUCCGAGUUUUAGAAGAUGAAAUUAAAGAACUUGUACAGUAUAAAUCAAAUCAUGAAGAGCAACAGGUUAACUUUGAAAGUCAGUUGAAUGAGAAAAUGUGUCAAGCUCAAGCUUUUGAAGAGAAAUUUGUAAAGUUGAAAGAAAUUUAUGCAAAACUACGUGAAGAACAUGUUGUUCUAUUGAGAAAUUAUGGGAAUGUACAACAAACUUUACAACAAGAAACAGAAAAGAAUAAAGAUUUAGAAAAAGCACUUGAAGAUCUUCGUAACCAAGAGAAAUCAUCAUCAAUAGAGAAUGCAGAAUCUCUAGUAUUAUCCGAACAAAAAUAUACCAAUUCUGUAGAUCAGCUUCAAUCAGAAUUGAAUACUAUCAGCGUUGAAAAGGAUCAUCUCAUUGAAGAGCUUUCUUCAAUCAAGGAAAAAUUCGAUGUAAAUGAAAAGAAACUUUUUGAAAGUCAACAAUUACUAGACGACUAUAAAGUACAAAUUCUUCAGUUAUCUAAUGAGCUGAAAUCAUUGAAAGCGCAAAUAAAGCAGCAGGUGUCAAAUCCUGUUAGUGAUAAUAAUGUAUGCAAUCAAAUUAACAAUGAUAAUGCUACUAGUCAAAAAGAUCGUGCAAUUCAUUUCAAUGUAUGUCAGAAAUUACUUUUAACAAAUACUAUUGAAAAAAUAUUAACAUUAUUAAAAAACAAUGAAAAUAUUACUACACAGUCAACUGAAUUAAUGGAUAUAUAUGUUCAUUGUUCACCAAAUUACUUUGUAAACCAAUUAAAAGAAAUUAUCAAUCAUUUUAAUUUAAUAGAAUCUGCACUUACUGAAAAUUGGUUCGAUGAAAAAGGAUUUUAUCAGAUUCCAUUUCAUAUUACUCAAUUUGCAUCUCAACUGUCUGUAUUAUCUCUUUAUUCUAAAUCAAUAUCUCAGUCAAAAGAUGAUAACGACUGCUCAUACGAUUAUCUACACAAUUUUGAUCUAAUUCAAACUGAGUUUAUCAAAUUACUCAACGUAUUACAAUCAGACAAUAAUAAGGAUGAUGAAUGUGUAACUAGUGUAAACUCUGUCAAUAAAGAUGAUAAUGAUAAUGAGAAAAAUAAUCACUUUCAUCAGAUCAAAGAAUAUUUGUCUAGAAUAAAUCAAUAUUUAAAAGAUACUUUUGAAAAAGCCACAGAAGCGUUAAAAUGUUCACCUAAUGAUAUGAAUUCUUCAAGUGAUUCAAUACAAAAAGAGAUGGAAUCAACUUUUGAGGCUAUCUCAGUUGCUGAGAAAAGAUUUCGUGAUUUAAUUGCGGAAUCUAAGCAACACUCCUCAGCGAAUAAUGAGUAUCUUCAAGUGAAUUCAUUGAUAUUAGAUUGUUGUUCUGACCUCCUGUUAUGCGUUGGCGAAUUAGUUAAACAGUCUGAAAUGAUUCAACAAGAUAUUAAAGAUUCAUCAACAUCAAGUGAAUUUUAUAAACCGCAUAAUCGUUGGACAAAUGGUUUGUUAUCUGCUGCGAAAUGUGUUGGCGCUGGAGCUAAUGUGAUGGUAGAAAUAGCCGAUGCAAUUGUUUCUGGUAAAGAUGUUAAACUUGAAAGAUUAAUUGUUAUCUCUCAAGAAAUUGCUGCCAGUACAACCCAAUUAGUUUGUGCUACACGUGUAAAAACUAAUCCAAUAUCAGAAAUGUUUACUAAACUACAAACAACUAGUAAAGAAGUAUGCAAAUGUACUGGAAAUUUAAUUGCAUGCGUUAAAAAAGCUAUUGAAGCAAAACACACAGAAGAACUUGAUUUCAGUUGUCUUACCUUAACUCAAGCAAAACGUAUGGAGGUUGAAUUACAAGUGAAAAUUAUUGAAUUAGAAACAUCAUUAACUAAUGAACGUCAGCGUUUAGCUCAAUUAAGAAGAGAUAAUUAUCAGUUGUCAGCUGAAGUAGAGGAGAAAUCAACAAACAACAAAGAAUAUAUAUGAAGCCUCAAUGAAAUGCAUAUAACAGCAUACAUCAACAGCAUCAACGAAACUAUACUACUGAUCAUCCAUUCAUCAUCCUUUAUGCAUAAUUAAGUGUAAAUAAUUCAGCAGUAGUUCACCAUGUUAUGCCUACUGAUCAAAAACUGGCAUGUCAUUAUUUGCAUUAUUUGUCAGUAUUGUUGCAAUUAUAUUUAUAUUUUAAUAUAUGCGCCAUAGUCUUUCAUUAUUCAUCAUUUCUAUAGAUACAACAUAUAUACACAAUGAUUUUAAUGCUACUUGACUUUUAGUUGAUUUCAAUAAAUUUAACCUGGAAUCUCACUCAUCCUUCAUUUGCUUUUAGCCUUC